GGAGGGGCGGGGGCGGUCUAGUGAGAGACUCUCCGACAGGCACGGAGGGUGAUUGGGAGGAAAGGGGCCAGCGAGAGGCUUGUCAUGGGGAUCCGAGGUACGAGACGGCAUUGGUAGCAUCUGGUGACUCCGAGGGGGACAGGAAGUGUCAACGCCCGGGACCCCGGCGCCAGCUCCGCUGGGGGGAUCCCCGCUGCUCUAGUCCUGAGGAGGGAGGGGGAAAAGGAGGGAGCCCCGAUCUCGCCCCGCCCCUGGGCUUGUUACCGCGGGGGCGGGGAGUGAGGGCUUCUUUUGCGGGGAGUAGAGAUCGGGGGACUCGGCUGUGCCCUCUCGAGCGGCUGCCGGUGUCCCCGCGGCGCCGGGCUGCCGAGCAGAGGAGCCGCGGCGGCCGUGGCUGUUGCAUGUGUGGCUGCUGGAUGCGGAGGCGGCGGCGGCGGCGGCGGCGAGGAGCAGCAGCGGCGGCAGGAUGUUAGGGCAGCAGCAACAGCAACUCUACUCGUCGGCCGCGCUCCUGACGGGGGAGCGGAGCCGGCUCCUCACCUGCUAUGUGCAGGACUACCUCGAGUGCGUGGAGUCGCUGCCCCACGACAUGCAGAGGAACGUGUCCGUGCUGCGAGAGCUGGACAACAAAUAUCAAGAAACAUUAAAGGAAAUUGAUGAUGUCUAUGAAAAAUAUAAGAAAGAAGAUGAUUCAAACCAGAAAAAACGCCUCCAGCAGCAUCUCCAGAGAGCAUUAAUCAAUAGUCAAGAAUUGGGAGAUGAAAAAAUUCAGAUUGUCACACAGAUGCUCGAAUUGGUGGAAAAUCGGGCAAGGCAAAUGGAGCUACAUUCACAGUGUUUUCAAGAUCCUGCUGAAAGUGAGCGAGCCUCAGAUAAAGCAAAGAUGGAUUCCAGCCAACCAGAACGAUCUUCGAGAAGACCCCGCCGACAGCGAACCAGUGAAAGCCGUGAUCUGUGUCACAUGACGAAUGGGAUUGAAGACUGUGAUGAUCAGCCACCUAAAGAAAAGAAAUCCAAGUCAGCCAAGAAAAAGAAACGUUCCAAGGCCAAGCAGGAAAGGGAAGCUUCACCUGUCGAGUUUGCAAUAGAUCCCAAUGAACCUACAUAUUGUUUAUGUAACCAAGUGUCUUAUGGGGAAAUGAUCGGAUGUGACAAUGAACAGUGUCCAAUUGAAUGGUUUCACUUUUCAUGUGUUUCACUUACCUAUAAACCAAAGGGGAAAUGGUAUUGCCCAAAGUGCAGGGGAGAUAAUGAGAAAACGAUGGACAAAAGUACUGAAAAGACAAAGAAGGAGAGAAGAUCGAGGUAGUAAAGGCCAUCUGUAUUUUAAAGGGUUAUUUGUCUUUUAUAUAAUACUUUCAGAAUUUACUUUCAGAAAAUGUUUUAGGGUAAAUGCAUAAGACUAUGCAAUAAUUUUUAAUCAUUAGUAUUAAUGGUGUAUUAAAAGUUGUUGUACUUUGUCUGUGACCUUAAUUUUCUGCACUGAAUUACCAAAUAUUUUAAACCAGGUAGUCUUCAGAUCACCUGAUGAAAGGAGCAGGGAGCAGGGAAGGGUGGUGUGAAUAUGAUAAAAACUUCACAAACCAUGCCUAGUUCCUUUUCACUGAAAAUGCAAUGCUAAUUUUGGGGUAGACACCAAAGUUUUGCUAGCAUUUUAGUCUAUGUGCUUAAAAAAAUUUAGAUAUAGUUGGAGUUCUCUGUAAGCAUUCAGAUUAUCUUGGGUAAUUUAAAAUAUGAACACUAUACCAUUCAGAGCUUCUCUCUUCCUGGCCCCAUUUAUACAUACACUUGGUCAUCUCUAGUCUUCCAAGAAUUUAAGGAACUAGAGAUAAGAAUAAUUUGGGAUUCCAUGUGGAAUAAUGUGCUCUUAUUAGAGUAUUUGCUGCUCUAUUUUCCAUAGUAGCAUUUUGAUACACUGUCAGUAGCCCAUGUAUAAAUACCUUGCUGCUGCUUCAUAGCUGCAUUCAGUCUAGUGCUUAAUAAGGGAGUUGUUUUGUUUUAAUUGGGACAAGUAGGAACAGUUAGGAUACCAAAAAUGCUGCCGUUGGCUUAUAUUGGCAAAAUUUGGGUUAUGCAGUAUCAUGAUUCAAGGUUGAGCAAUUUUAAAAAGGCAUUUAAUAAUAUAUUUCAUGUUGACCCACGGCUGGGACGCCUAGCCACAGGCCUGUCAGCGGGAAGAGGGCAUAUACUAGUCUUUAAAUAUUGCCUUUAUGUCAGACAGUAGUUUAAAUAGUUUUGCUAGUGGCUCUAGGUCAUUUCUGUCCCAAUCAGAAAUUAUAUAUUAUUUUAAGUAGUAGUGUAUUUACUUUCUUAACUUUCUGGUAUUGGUGCUGUUUGUUGUCUUCACGUUCAAUGAACUAAUUUCAUUAUAACAAUGCAAUUAAUAAUGUAUUUGUAAAUUGAAUUUUCCAAGAUUCUAAAAUUGAAUUUUCCAAGAUUCUGAUAUUUUAAGGGUAAGCAUCUUGAUGGAUAUAUGUCCGUAUAUUUGGAGAAUUUUUUGGUUUUUCAGGAGUGGGGGGCAGUGGAUUGACUAGUCCUUAAAUCUAUGUGUAACAUACUUUUUAUUCCUCAUUUCUUCCUAAUCUGAUGACCUUGAUUCUUUUUGAUUAACAUGUGAAAAGUCCUGUUUGCUUGUUUGGAAAAAAGAAAAAAAAAAUGUGUUUUUCUCUUCUA